CCGCUGAGCCGCAAUGGUUUGUGGGAGAUGUGGGUUGACAAAAUCCGCCAUUUUAGUUCCUUCGUAACUUCCGUGUUAGUGUUAUGGUAAAAAAAAAAGUAUACCUCGUGUUUGAAUUAAUGACGUAGAUAUAGAUUACUGGCGUGAGACAACUCCAGUCUUGUCAAGAGCAAACAGAUGAACAGUAAUCUGCUGACCAAGCCAAAAGAAAGCAAUCCUUUGUCCCACUAAUGGAGGCCGGGGCGGAGCUUCCUGUUCCUGCAACCUUCACCGUGGAGAAAGGAGAGGGGGACAAUGACGUCAUCGUCAUCAACGACGAUACCCUCGAUCCCGUGACGUCGGCAUCGUCAACACUAAAGGCGUUGGCGAGUCACGCUUGCAAUGACACACCAAAAGAGAGUUUUGUUGUGGGCUCGGCGCCUGUGAGUUCAACACCGGCCACUGGCAAAGGAGUUGGCCGCCCCAUCUCUCUCUUACCCUUCCAGCUUGUCCAUGCUCAGGCUGUCAGGCUGCCUUCCAAACCAUGCCAUCAGCCUACUGUGCGGUUAAUCUUGCCAGGACAAACAAUCGGUACCCAGACUAGAACUCCUGUUAUUUUGACAGCCAAUAGAUUCAUAGCCCAACCUACUGUCCCUGUGAUAGCCGCAGAUCCUUUCCAAAGUCUUAGCAGAAAUAGCCUUGUUCCUGUUACUCAGCUCAAGGCACCUGGACAAAGCAAAGGCCAACAGAUAUCAAGCAACUUAAUACCAUUACUGCUCAAGUCUAAAGAAAGCAUUCCACCUGCUGGCAUGCAGCCAGCAACCACAGAACAGAAGGGCCAAGGGAGGUCAACAUGUCUGCCAGUCCCAGCAGCAGCUGCUCCUACAAGUGCCCCAGAAAGAUCCCAAUGUGCAAAUAAUAAACCAAGCUCAGAGUCUAUAGUACUGGUGUUGCCCUAUAAACAGCAGCAGCCUGAUUCAUCUACAUGCCUCCAGCUUAACCAUCCAGUCACAACAAAAACUCUCCAACAGAAAUCGUCGACAUCCCAGGAGACCAAAAAAAACACCAAAGAAUUAUAUUUUAUUCGAAAGGGAAAACAAAUAUCACAACUUAAUAACAUUAAAGUAAUCACAGGGAAAAACGCAAACAAAUCCUCCUCCCAAAAUGUGUCUGUGAACAAAGCAUUUUCUCAUUUUAAAAAUAUCAGUCUCUUAGCCGGAAACAAAUUGACAGAUACUUCUAGAAGUUUGAAUAACAAACUCCAAACAACAGGGCAACAACCAAAUGGUCUUGAGCCAUGCGUGAUAGCAGGAAAUGAAAUUCACAAUGUUCUAUCCAAUACUGAGACAAAUAUCAAUGCUGUUUUACCUCAGAAUGUUAAAAUUGUCACAGUUGGCAAAGAUGGUAUUGUCAACACCAGUAGUUCAAAGUUUGCAUUAAGUAAUACACUUUCCCAAUCGUCAUUACAGAGUAAUGUCUUAAACAAAAAAAUGAAGGUCUGCUGUCUUUUGCAAUAUAAGCGGAAAAAUAAAGGGGUUUCCAAUUCACAGGUCUGCGAAAAGCACCCUUCAGAACUGAGUCCUGAAAGUUCUCACCAAGCCAGCAACUUGAUACCAUUAUUUGUUCAACCGACUGGGACCUUUGGAUUACCAAAAGCUCCUAUAAUGCUUCAGACUAUGGAGAGCACUCCACUUGUUUCAUUACCACAAACCAUUCUUCCUCUCCCCAUUGAUCAGUUGGCUGUCACAAAAACAAGCACGUCAACUGUGAGUUCUUCCGCACAGACCGCUGUUUACUUAAAAUCAUUAUUACAGAAGAAGUCAUUCAGUCAAACUGUGUCAGCUUGUGAUACAUCUGGACAGAAACAACAGAUACCAAUACGUAUUGUCCCCAAUACAUUUCCACCUUCCACCAACGUGAGGUUAAAGACUUUUAGACGCAGGAGAGGUGGAAAAUAUAUUGCGCAUUCAGUAACACCAAGUACAAAGAACCUCUUGGAGUCAUUCAUCCAUGACAAGGAAAGCCGAAGUCUGACUACAAACGAGAGCAAUGAGAACUCUUUGGUGGCUAACAACAAUUUCAAGGUAAAUAAAAACGACCCCCAAAGCAUCCCCCCAAAAGAUGUUUAUUUCACGACACUGAGAACAGGCAAUGGCCAGGUAGCUGUCAAAGUCAUACACCCUCAUAUUGAUGUAGAAAACGAUGAAGACAACCAGAUGCCUUCGUCCUUUGCGAAUGCAGUAAAUGAUUCGCCUUUGGCUGAUGACAUCACAAUGAAUAGUUCUGAGACUCUGGGGCCAAUAAGCCAAGAGAUGACUAGUUUAAAUUCACCAACUACAAAAGAGCAGCAGGGGGAGGAACAUGAAAAACGCAUUAAAAAGUCUGCCAAGCUGGAGAAAGUUGUGGCUAAUAUCCUGCGAUCUCAUAAAAUAGAUGAAAAUACAUUUUUAAAAACUACAGAAAAUGUUACUCCAAUAAAGAGUGUCGACUCAGAUGUGGGUUUUAGCUUUGAAGGGGAACACACCCAGAGAGCUACUCUUGAAGACCCACUGGUGGCUACAUUGCAGGAUAUAAAUGAAAGCACCAAAGAGGCAGACAGUUCGGAUGAGAAUGAAAUGAAUCUAAAAAUAUCAUCAGUAUUUUAUUUUAACCCUGACUCCCGCAAGGUAGAGCGGCUCAAUGAUGAAGAAGAAACCAAAUGCUCAACAUUUAAACUAGAAAAUGUUUCUUCUUGGAAAGAUGCCAUCACACCAUGUUUUGUUGUCCUUGAAAGGCUAUCAUUGUCUUUAAGUCAUCCAAAAGAAGUAACCAGGACACAGUCCCAGUGCAGUACACACUGCAGGAAAAGAACUCUAGACUAUUUGUGCAACUUGAGAUUAUUGAGUUGUAAGAAUGUGGACAAUGCAAAAGAAAAUCCUCAAAACAAUCAAGCCUCAGUCAGUGUUGAAUCUAAUGUAGAUAGUAGUUUAAACAAAGAGCCUCCUCAAGCUUUAACUGACCAGAUCCAGUUAGACGAAAACAAAAAUUGUCAACUUGAAAAAAUGACAGAAAAUCACAGUUUUGAUUUAGAAAUCUCUGCAGAAAUCAGAGCAGAUAAUGCCACUAAAUCUGACAGUAACUCUAAGUUAGCUAGUCUAACUGGUGAUUGCAAUGCAGCUUCGGUGUUAAAACCUUUGAUAAACCUUAUUCCAAAUUCUACUGACAAAACUGAUGUUAGCGACUCAAUCCUGCAGCUAAAUAAGCAGUUAAAUAUCCUUGUGCGUCCAGAACAUGGCAAGGAAUUGAUCAGUGCCCCACUGCCAUCUCUACCACUGAAAGAAAAACCUGUAAAGAAACCUGUUGUACAAAAUGACAAUGUGACAACAAGUCCACCAAGAAAGACUUUAAUAAGUUUGCUUAGCCCCAGUCUGUUGACUCCAAAGACUGUCGACAAAACACCAGUGGAGGUGUUGUCUUCUCCUGAUGGAUCCACCUCUCAAAAAUGUUUCGAUUCAAAAGAAUUUCAGAAACUAUUGAAAGAGCUCAAUGGUCAAGUUGAAAGAAAGAGGAAAGAAAUGAAAAAACUACAUCAACUGAAGAAAACAAGAAUUUCAAGAUGCAACAAAGGAGUUGUCAAAGCUAGUGUUAAAAGUAGUGGACACAUCAAAGACUCUCAAAUGAAAGUAGCCCUUCCUUUUACCACCAUGAAAUCACACACUUCACAAAGCACAUCAAAUUCUGAACCUGUAACUCGACCAGUGAGUGUCACGUUGAACCAGGAAAGUAAUUCCCCCAAAACACCCAAACCACAACCUGGCACAUCAGGAGGUCACUUAACAAAAAAUGUAACCUCAGAACAGACAAAAGUAUUUAUAUCGCCAGAAAAAAUAAAAAACGCUAUAGAGUCUCUGAGUAAAUAUCUUAAAGCUACUGGGACGAAAUUAACUGUAGACAAUAAUAAAUAUUUUUUGUUAAAAAUUGACAGCCAACAUGUCCUUGUCAAGAUCCCUCAGGACUUCCCAUGUACUGUCAGCUCAGACCCUGUACCACCACAAGCAUCAACCUCCAAACAUAUUCACAUACAACCUAAGCCAGCCAAUGACCAGAAUCUUGAAUCACAGAAAUCACCUACAUUUAGAACUAUACUGCCACAAUCUCAGCGUAGUGCCACACUAAUGGCACUAAGGACUCGGGUGAAUGAGAACAAUUCAGGGGACAAAACAGCUGAAGCUUCUAAACCUUUAGUAACAACAGCUUCUAACAGUGACAGUGCUACUAAAGUAGACCUGUCCCAUCUUCCUCCAAACACUUCACUUCUACCACAGAGGAGAAAGAGGCACACCAAUUUAACAGCUGAAGAAAAGAAAGCUAAAAGAGCUAAAUUAGAAGCCAAAUACCCUCUGCCCCCUGGCGUCAUUAUAAAAUCUGAACCUGAUGACCAAACUGUUUAUGCUGUUGAUGAUAACUGGACUGUUACUUCUGAAUUUCAGGCAGUUUCAAAUUCUGAUUCAGCCGAAAGUGGACAAGGUGAAACUCCUAUGGAAUGUGACAGUGAUAUGGUUGACCAACUGGUCAAUGAAACACGGCAAGAAAGUGCACAAAGGGCCGGUCAACCUGUCGACCGACAGAAAGCUGAUGAGACUGAUGAGCCACCGACUCUCUUGUCUGUAGCACCAGUGUCUCCUGAAAAUGUUGGCAUACCUGAGGACAGUGAAGUGAGAUAUGAAACUCCCCCAUUGCUACAGCCUAUGUUGCCAGUGACUUCAACCACUGCUGAUGACCACACAGCUGAAUCAGACCAACCAGUGACCGCUGUCAGCAACCUGACCAGUGUGUCCAGCAGAGAAAGAGGUUAUGUUAGCAAUCUCAAUAAAUCUACACCCAGUGCAAGUCAGAAGCCAGUCUACCAGAACAGUAAAAUAGAGAAGCUUAAAGAACUGCUGAAAAAGAAAGAAAUGGAAAUAGAAGCUUUAAGAAAAAUGAGAUCAUCUCUGCCAAAGUUAUAAAAACAAGUUCAUGCUAACAACAGUUUCUAUUUUUGUUUUAAAUGAACCGCCUAAGCCUACCUCUAUGAUUGAUUUAUGGUCAAACAAAUUGUGAAGGUGUUGAUUGUGUUCAACAUUUGUUAAGAUUGUUUUUGGUAUUAUCCAAUGUUUAUGUAUCUUUAAGAUUGUAAGUCAUUGUUUAUGUUCAUUUAGCUUAUACUAUAAUUAUCUUAAAUAUUUAGAAUGUCAGAAUGUUAUUCGGCCCUGCCUUUGGGCUACUUUGACUUGUGAUUUUAAAAGAUUUUUUUGUUUGUCAUUUACUGGAAGGGUCUAUUCAGCUGUAAAGAAAACCUCCACAUUUAUAAAGAAUACAUACUUGUGUUGAUAUUGUGUUGAUAAAUCUUUUCAACAGUGAAUAUAUCAUAUUUGUGAGCAGAAAGUGAUCAUUAUAUCUAAAGUAAUUUUUGUGUUUCUAAAGAUAUACUGCAUUAUUUGUUUCAAUUGUUUAUAUUCUAUGCAAGUAACUUGUACUUUAACACUACUACUAUUAAAGACUGUCAAAUGUUGUUACUUUGAGGUCUCUAAUUAUAAAUAGCCAAUCAUUAUACAGAACUUGACUCUUUCAGUGUGGCGUUACUCUCAGGGAGUAAAUCGCUAGCGCUUGUGAAUGCCGCAUACUCUCAGCUAGUAACUUGACUUGGUAUAUAAUAAUUAUUUCACUCUCUUUUAAUGCUCAACUUUAAAUUACAAGACUCUCUUUUUUUUUUCUGGAUGUGACAGAGUGAUUGUUCUUUGUUUUGGUAGUAAAUCGGAUGCAGGACCAACAUUUUUUUUUAAAAAGACAACAUUGUGUUAGUGGUUUCUCUUUUUUAGUUUAUUUCACAGUACCAAACAAAUUUAAACAGCACUAUUUCUUAGUGUUUUUUAAAAAUCUUUUGUGAAAUCAUAAAAUUUAAAUAAUGGAUUUAUAAUUAAAAGGUUAAAUCUUCAACUACCAGGGUAUAACGAUGAUUUUUUUAAUGAAUUUUUAAAUAAAGUUCCUUUUCCUAUUUUCUUGAAAAAUUUUUUUACUUUUGUAGCCAAUUUCAAAAUAAAAUAAGUUUAAAUUAUAUGAUAAAAUUUAAAAGUUUUUACCCUGGGAAGACUCAAUUUUUUUUUAUCAAAAUAGUUUGCACUGAAAGAGUUAAAGAAAAAGAUCAUAUAAAUCAGAUGGUUUGUUGUUAACCAAAAUAAUGUUUGAAAAUAACUGAUAACAGCGAUUGAUACUUCAUAAUGGCAUGUCCCUUGUUAAAAACAGUACAUUGUGUGAUAACCUCACCUUCUAAGCAUCUUUUCACUUUGUUAAGUGCAUUUGCAAUGUAUCUUGCUAAUCAUUUUGAGGACCAGCAUAGUAGGCCUUCCAUUUCAUUGGAACAUUUUUUUAAAUCAAGAAGUGUAAUAAUGGUAGCAAACCCCUCAAAAUGUUAUGAAAUAUUGUAGCACAUAUUUUUAGAUAACAUAAUUAAUAACUAGACACCUUAAUCUAUAGAUUUUACCUUUUUUUUUUUUUUUGACUCAGAUAUGUUAGAAAUUGCUCACUGGAAGCAUUUUGGAGUACUUAUCCCCUCGUCAAUUUUUCUUAACAACCAUUGAUUAUUUAUGGUAACUAAGGCUUCUGUGCAUUCUAUUUGAAGCUACACUGUAAAAUAUGAAAGCUAACAGUCAAUUAGAAACUGGAUAAUCAGUGUUGCCAUUUUGGACCCUAAUUUCCAUUAUGGCUUAUUUUUUUUAUACUUUGGUCAACCUAAUUGUAAGGUCACUUUAAUUAUGUAGAAAAAAAUAUUCCUAAUGCAAAAUUCAGAAAAUCAGGCUCCCUGAGUGGUUUCCUACCUUAACUCUCUAUCAAUUUAUUGUAAGGCAUUUGUAAAUUAUGUGCACUGAAUUAAAAUCAAUCUUUUAAGUGAUCAGGAAACAUAUCAUGAUUAUCCCAUCUAACCACAGUUACAGUUUAUAAGACUAGUUUGUGUCUUUCUAUUCGUUAUCAGACAAGAUUGGUUUAUUUGUUUGAGAAUACUUUCAGUGAUGUAAAAUACUGUACAUAAACAUUUACACAUUUUCUUUCCUUCUAUUACUUUCACAUUUCUAUAUCCACAUUUCUUUCCUA